CUGUAAAAUGGUAGACCCUAGAACAGAUCCGCAGUUCCAGAAACUGGCAGACCUAAGAAGGAGCGCAGUGCAUUAUUACAAAGAGAACCAAGUGCCUCAACUAAUGGAAACAGCUCUGAAUGAAAUGUUUUUCCAUCAACCACAAGAUGUCUAUGCCUACUUAGUUGAAUUCUUCCAGCAACAUGCCAAACCCACUACAAUAGAUAAGAUCGAGGCCGGCGAGUACUUUGACUCAAAAGGACAGCCUACACUUCAGACUGAAAUAUUCACAUUGACGAACUCCAAAUACAAGCGAAUGGGGUCUGCAUUCGUGGCUAGUUUCAACCAACUGUCAGAUGCGACCACAACUGAAAGGAAAGAACAGGAUGACGAAGAGAGGUUGAGGGGAGUGAAGGCCGCUAUCAGGUUCAUCAAUGGACCCAUGAAUGAGGCGCUGCACGGGACACCCAUAGCUGAUCAGACUAAAGUGGACGAAAUUCUAAAUUUCAACCAACUGUCAGAUGCGACCACAACUGAAAGGAAAGAACAGGAUGACGAAGAGAGGUUGAGGGGAGUGAAGGCCGCUAUCAGGUUCAUCAAUGGACCCAUGAAUGAGGCACUGCACGGGACACCCAUAGCUGAUCAGACUAAAGUGGACGAAAUUCUAAAGUGA